AUGGCGCCGCAAUCUGAGGCGGCUAAACGCUUCAUGCGCUCGUACGACAAGUUUACCAUACUCUUGUGCACCAGUGCGGCCGUUGCGUACGGCGCCGCGCGUUACUACGACCUAGAACCAGCGCCGGACGACUUCGACUUGAAGAAGUGGUUUAUGGGCGGCUACGACGUCCCUAAGGUCGACGAAGCCGCAAACUCGGCGCAGAAGAAAUCGUGA